AAGCGCAAACAAUAAUUGAACCAUUUGGGCCCCUAAAUAAGUAUAUGAGAACACCAAAAAUAUUUGAUAUUCCCUGUUUGAAUAUGUCUCUGAGUUUUCCUUAACAAAUUUUGUUUCAUCCAUGAUCGUUGAAAAGAAAGCUGCGAAUGCCAUGGGCGGCAAGACAGCCCGAGCAUGUGACAGCUGCUUACGUAUGAGGGCUCGAUGGUUUUGUGCCGCCGACGAUGCUUUUCUUUGCCAAGCGUGUGAUGCAUCCGUGCACUCCGCUAACCAGCUGGCAAGCAGACACGAAAGGGUUCGCCUCCAAACUUCAUCUUUCAAGCUCUCUACGAUGGCUGAUAAUUCUCCGCCAGCUUGGCACCAGGGUUUCACCCGCAAAGCGCGAACCCCGCGCCAUAACAAGGCUAAAGAGGAAGAGAGAGUCUUCUUCAACCCUCUGCCUUUUGUUCCGGAGAUUGGCAGUGAAGAGGCUUCGCCGGAUGCCGGGGAUGACGAACAGCUUCUUUAUCGGGUUCCUGUCUUCGACCCUUUUGCCGCUGAGCUUUGCAAUGAAAUGGGGAACGUGAUUGUUGAUGAGAGAACCACCGUCGCUGAUCAUGACUUGGAUGAUUUACAUGGUCUUAAUCUUCCGUCAGAUAUGGAGCUGGCUGAGUUUGCUGCUGAUGUGGAGAGCCUGCUUGGCAAAGGACUGUUAGAUUGCAAAGAAGAAGAUGAUAUUGAUCUUGGAGAUCAGGGAAGAGUGAAGGUUGAAGAGGAAGAAGAUUUUGAAGCUAUAGUUGCAUAUCAAUUAAAUCAACCGUUGGAUAUGAUGAGAGAAACAUUAGAUUGGAAUCUUUUCGAUUAUGAGUCGUCCCCCGGGGCUGGAGAGGAGGCGGAGCAGAAGCCUGUAGUUCCCAUGGCAGAGACAAAGAUGAUGAUCAAUGGCAAAGUAUGUAAAGAGGAGAUUAAGAGGGAGAUGUUUUUGAGGCUAAAUUAUGAGGAAGUUAUAACAGCUUGGGCCAGCCAAGGUUCUCCGUGGGCAACAGGAACACGACCAGAGCUCAAUCCAAACGAUUGGUGGCCGGACUUUUUGGGUUCGUUUCCUGGAGAUGUUCAUCACCGAUAUGGAGACGCAGGAGUUAAUGGAAGUGAUCAUGUGGGAGGCGGUGACGGGCGUAGAGAAGCAAGGGUGUCAAGGUACAGAGAAAAGAGAAGGACACGCUUGUUUUCAAAGAAGAUAAGAUACCAAGUAAGGAAACUGAACGCGGAGAAGAGGCCCAGAAUGAAAGGGAGAUUUGUUAAGAGGACGUCCUUCAUGGGGACUUCUGCGUGUCCUUACCUCAACAAAUAAGGGCGCUAAUUACUGCCAAGUUUUCUUCGCAAAAGCGGAAUAAGAUGACCGGUUAGGCUAUUAUGGUAGCCUAAGUACUCUAACUCUAACUCUCUCUCUCUCUCUCUCUCUCUCUCUCUCUCUCUCUCUCUGUAAAAUGUAAGCUAUAUAUGAGCCUUUGACGAUGCAGAAGCUGUUGUUCUUCUAACCAGAAAUUCUGCUACUCAACUUCGAAAGUAUUGCUUAUCCUACAGAACACUAAUAAAAUUCAUGCAGCAACAAUUCUUUUCCA